CAGUUUCCUCUGGUCGUCCAUUGCAAGAGGCUGGGAUCAACAGGAUCAGCAGGAUCAGCAGGACAAGGGAGAGGAGCAGCUUUGGGAGCCACUGAGCCCAAGUCUCACCCUAUUCUGCUAUAAAUCUGCUCUAUUUCCUAAGGAACCCCAGUCAUGUCAGCACUGAACCCCCUGUGCCCAGCCCUUGCCCCAGCAGCUCAGCCCAUGCCCAGCACUGCAGCCUCCUGUGUCUGUGCCCAGAGCUGUGGGAGGGAGAAUUAAAGGGGACCUUGUUCCACCCAUCCUGUUAUUGUGAGCAGAGCAGGCACCAUUGGGAUUAGCUGCAGAGAUUGGCUGUCCCUAAUCAGUGGGUGGGCUGCUGUACAGGCACAUUACACAGCAGGACCCCUGGGGAUUCAUUACACAUUAUCCUUGUAAAGCAAUUAGCUGCUUGACUGUAAGAUAAAGAAUGCUCAGCUGGAUGUGAGGUUCAGGGAAUCCUGGGCAUCUUUAUUGCAGGGGCUGGACCAGUUAUGAGUCUGACAUCAGCCCUGGGACAGCGGAGAGGUUCUGGGUCCAAUCUGGGUCUGUUGAGGGGCGGAUAAAGGAGUGGCCCAUCAUUUCCAUAUGUGUCCCCACUUCCCAGGCGCUGGGCCCUGUGCCUAACUCAUCAUCAAGCUUUCUCUUUGUAUUCCUGGAACCUGACUCUCUCAUUGGAUGAGCUUUUUCCUGUGGGCACAAACAGGCUGGGUGUUAACCCCUUAUUCCUCUUGGUAGGGAGAUAUUCCCUGUUCUUCUGAGCCAAUAAGGAUGCUUGGUGAUGCCUCUGGUCCUGAGUCUGUGUGAGGAGCCGGCAAUUGAAGGGCCCUGUGUUGAGUGGGAGACGCCAGGUCAUAUUGACUAGGGGCCCCUGGCUGUGCCCGUGCCUGGCAUGAAGUGACAAUGUUUGGGUGCAGAAUGGCAAACCUUAAUGGAUUUAUGGAUGAGGUGAGGGGGGAGGCCAUGGACAUGAGUCGGACCCUACGGAGCCUGGAGACCGGGACUGUUCUGACUCUUUACUACCAGAAGAAGUCCCAGAGGCCGGAGAGAAGGACUUUCCAGCUCAGAAUGGACACCAGGCAGGUGUUGUGGUUCCGGACCCCAGAGAAGUUGGAAGGAGACAUUGACAUAAGAGAGAUUAAGGAGAUUCGGUCGGGGAAGAACUCGAGGGAUUUUGAGAGGUACCCUGAAGAUACCCGGAAGCUGGACCCUGCCCUCUGCUUCAUUAUCUUGUAUGGAACCGACUUCCGCCUGAAGACUGUCAGUGUUGCUGCUUUCAGUGAGGAAGAAGUGAAUCUGUGGAUCAGUGGGUUAAACUGGGUCGUGGCGGAUACAAUGAAAGCUCCUGGGCCUCUCCAGAUUGAAAGGUGGCUCCGAAAACAGUUUGAUGCAGUGGACAGAGCGAGAGAAGGCAGUGUGACGGUGAAGGAUGUGAAAGCCCUGCUCCCUCAGGUUAAUUACCGUGUGCCUAACAUGAGAUUCCUACGGGACAAAAUGCUGGAAAUCGAGGCCCGAUCAGAGCUGACCUUCCCACACUUUGUUUUGUUUUACAAUAACUUGAUGUUUGACGCUCAGAAAUCAAUAAUUGAGCAGCUUGAGUUGUCUUUCCCUUUAAGGAAUGUUGAUCGGCCUUCUCUGUGCCAGAUCUCACUGUAUGACUUCCAGAGGUUUCUUCAGUUUGAUCAGAAGGAAGCCUGGGCCAGUGACAUUACUAAGGUUCGGGAUUAUCUAUGCAGUUACCUGAAGGACAGCGAUGGGGACAUUUUGGAACCCAUUCUGCAGUUGGAUGAGUUCCUGACGUACCUCUUCUCCAAAGAGAACAUGAUCAUGGACUGGAAGUUUGAGAAUGUGGUGCCUGAAGAGAUGAACUACCCCCUGUCCCAAUACUGGAUCUCAUCCUCACACAACACAUAUCUGACUGGGGAUCAGUUCUCCAGUGAGUCAUCCUUAGAAGCUUACGCUCGCUGCCUCCGCAUGGGCUGUCGCUGCAUUGAAUUGGAUUGCUGGGAUGGACCAGAUGACUUGCCUAUUAUCUAUCAUGGACACACCUUGACCUCUAAAAUCAAGUUUUUGGAUGUGCUGCACACUAUCAAGGAGAAUGCCUUUGUCACGUCGGAAUAUCCGGUGAUCUUGUCCAUCGAGGAUCACUGCAGUGUAGUUCAGCAGAGAAACAUGGCCCACUAUUUUAAGAAGGUAUUUGGGGACAUGCUGCUGACCAAACCGGUGGACAUCAAUGCAGACGAGCUCCCCUCUCCGGCACAGCUCAAAAAGAAGAUUCUCAUUAAGCACAAGAAGCUGGUAGAGGGGAACCUUUAUGAGGAGGUCUCAACUGCCAGCUACUCGGAGAAUGACAUCAGUAACUCCAUCAAGAAUGGGAUCCUCUACCUGGAAGAUCCCAUAGACCACACAUGGAGCCCUCACUAUUUCGUUCUAACAUGUAACAAGAUCUACUACUCUGAGGAGACGUCAUGGUACCAGUCCAAUGAUGAUGAAGAGGAGAUGGAGCCCAAAGAGGAAUUGAAUAACAACGAGCUGCACUUCACUGAGAAGUGGUUCCAUGGGAAGUUGGGGGGCGGGCGUGAUGGGCGCCAGAUUGCCGAGAAGCUGUUGCACGAGUAUUGCACGGAGACGGGCGGAAAGGAUGGAACAUUCCUAGUGCGCGAGAGUGAGACAUUCGUUGGCGACUACACUUUAUCUUUCUGGCGCUCCAACAGGGUCCAGCACUGCCGCAUCCAUUCUCGGCAGGAGGCCGGCACCACCAAAUUCUACCUGACCGACAACCUGGUGUUUGACAGCCUGUACAGUCUGAUCGCCCAUUACCGGGAGGUGCCGCUGAGGUGCAACGAGUUUGAGAUGAGGCUAACGGACCCCGUGCCACAGCCCAACGCUCAUGAGAGUAAAGAGUGGUACCAUGCCAAUCUCACCCGCCUGCAGGCGGAGCACAUGCUGAUGAGAGUCCCACGAGACGGUGCCUUCCUACUGCGCAAGCGGAGCGAGACCAACUCAUUCGCUAUUUCAUUCAGGGCUGAGGGGAAGAUCAAGCACUGCCGGAUACAGCAGGAGGGCCGACUCUUCAUGUUGGGCAGCUCGGCAGAGUUCGAGAGCCUGGUUGACCUCAUUGGUUACUAUGAGAAACACCCGCUGUACCGCAAGAUGAGGCUCCGCUAUCCCAUCAAUGAGGAAGCGCUGGAGAAGAUGGGCACGGCGGAACUGGACUAUGAUGCUCUGUAUGAGGGUAGAACCCCCCAUCAUUAUGUGGAGGCCAACAAGAUGCCCACAUCAAGGUGCAUGGUGAAAGCGCUCUAUGAUUACAAGGCCCAGCGUGAGGAUGAGCUGACGUUCUGCAAACAAGCCAUUAUACACAAUGUGGACAAACAAGAUGGCGGCUGGUGGCGGGGGGAUUACGGAGGCAAAAAGCAACUCUGGUUCCCAGCUAAUUACGUAGAAGAGACAACGAUCAUGAUGUCACCAGACCAGGAUGACGGCUCUUUCUAUUUCGGCCAAUCAGCAGAGAACAGCCCACUGGGGAACUUCCUGAAAGGAUUUAUCGACGUGCCUUCUUGCCACAUAGUCUCAUCAAAGGAGGGAAGGAGCUCACGGCCGUAUGUCUUCACCAUCCACUCCCAGCAAAUGUCCCACCCCUCUCAGUCCUUGGAUGUGGCAGCUGACACUCAGGAAGAGCUCAAUGAUUGGAUUGCCAAAAUCCGGGAGGCCACUCACAACGCUGACGCUCGGAUGCAGGAAGGGAAAAUCAUGGAGCGGAGGAAGAAGAUUGCCCUCGAGCUGUCUGAACUUGUUGUCUAUUGCCGGCCUGUUCCGUUUGAUGAGGAAAAGAUCGGCACAGAGAAGGCUUGCUACCGUGAUAUGUCUUCAUUUCCCGAGACCAAGGCAGAGAAGUACGCCAACCGCAGCAAAGGCAAGAAGUUCCUUCAAUACAACCGUCGCCAACUGAGCAGGGUCUACCCCAAGGGCCAACGCCUGGACUCCUCCAAUUAUGACCCACUGCCCAUGUGGAUCUGUGGCAGCCAACUGGUGGCCCUGAACUUCCAGACACCAGACAAGCCGAUGCAGCUGAACCAAUCGCUCUUCAUGUUGGGAGGCCAGAGCGGGUACGUCCUGCAGCCGGACAUCAUGAGAGACGACCUUUUUGACCCCUUUGAUAAGAACAGCUUGAAGAUUGUGGAGCCAAUCACAGUGCAGCUUCAGAUACUGGGAGCCAGGCACCUCCCUAAAAAUGGUCGGAGUAUUGUUUGCCCCUUUGUAGAAGUGGAAGUUUGUGGCUCAGAAUUCGACAACAGCAAAAGCAAAAGUGAUGUGGUGGCGGAUAAUGGCCUGAACCCUGUGUGGAUGAUGAAGCAGUUUGUGUUUGACAUCACCAACCCAGAGUUUGCCUUCCUGCGCUUCGUGGUGUACGAGGAGGACAUGUUCAGCGACCCCAACUUCUUGGCUCAAGCCACGUUCUCUGUCAAGGGGUUGAAAACAGGUUACCGCUCAGUCCCACUGAGGAACAGCUACAGCGAAGAGUUGGAGUUGGCUUCUCUUUUGGUUCACGUAGAGAUUGUCAAUGCUAAGGAGGAGGACGAUGAGAAUCUCUAUACCUCCAUCCAGCAGCUGAGGGACCGGGCCAGCGAGUUGUCCAGUCAGGUUUCCAGCUAUGAACGGGCCAAUAACUGUGACUCUCGUUACCAGCAGAGACUGGACGAGCUGCGGGCAGCCCAGGAGCGACUCAUGGAACUUACGGAAGUGCGAAACAGGAAGCUGAUUGAGAAGAAGAAGAGAGACAGACAGUUAGUGAACAAGCGGAACUGAGGGGGCCCCCAACGCCCAGAUCUGGUCCCUACGUCUAGGUCUGCAGACAUUCUCCCAGUUGGUCCCACGAUGAGUAUGCUGAGGAAGACUUUUACUGUGCCACCAGCCUGUGCAUUAUGGGUGGGGGGCAGUCACAUCAGAGUCUGCAGGGUGCAGGUUCCCUAUAUAUAUAUAUAUAUAUAGAUGUGUAUAUCCAGGUUCUGUAUAUAAACAUGUGUAUAUAGGACUGUGGGUUGUGCUCAGGCUUCCCAACUGCCUACUGUCCAAUGGUCAGCUCCAGCUCAAGCUCCUGUAUCUGAGAUUUAAAUGUGGCACAAGGGUCAGACAUGUUGGUACCUAGUUUUGCAAACUGAGCGCUUAUCUAAGAGAUUGUCAGCUCACUUUCAGCCCUGCCCUGACUCUAUAUUGUGCUCUGUGGAACCAUCACACCCAGGACAUUGUGAGAUGCCACCACCAAGGUUGGCCAGAGACUGACCAAUGGAAAAGAUAAUAUUCUCCCAUGUAGUCAAUAAGCCAGUGGGUGAUUAGCAGAUCUGUCAGCCAUGUAACUGAUGUAUGGAUUUAUUGUUAUUGUACCAGCACUUUUGGGUAACGUUACCAUCAUAGUGCAAAUACUAUGGGUGCCCAAGUGAUGGUCCAGCUAAUGGUGCCAUAUUGAAGUACCAAAAUCAGUUUGCCAUUUGCUAUGAGUGACCCCUGGGCCUCAGGCCGACCCUCUAUGUGGAAUGAGUUUACUAAUGGCACACAAAAUCCUGUACACGUGAUAGAUCUAGUAACCUAUAGCAACUAAUCAGAAGGCAGCAUUUGCAGGUCACCUGUUUGAAAGCUAAAGACUUUUGAUUGGUAGCCAUUCAGGAGGCUGUCCCCUGCUAAAAAUAGAGGGGGAUUUGCCAUGUGACCAAAUGAGAUUUAAAGGGCUACGGUGGCGACCUUUCCUCGAACCCACUAGUUGCGCCAAACUCGCAGCAGCCCGGCUCCUAACAGGACAUGAGAUUUUAUAGAGCAGUCAGUGAGAAACAGCUUGUUAAUUCCAGGGAGACAAGUGUUUCCCUUUGUAGUUCCUUAUACCCCCAUCCAUACGGUGUCCCAGAUGUAAAAUGACCAGAUCUCCCAGGCACAUUAAUGACUGUUGCUCUGAAGAAGAACAAAAUUAGCACCCGCUGCCUUGGCCCCUCUAAUAAUGCAGAAAUAGCGAUGUGUGUCUCCCUAUGGAUGGCCCUCAGUUAUACCAUGUGACACAUACCAAUAAUGUCAUCGGUAAGUGGGUGAGGCAAAUAGUUAACAAGAGAUGAUCCUCAUAUCUAGGUGUGCUUUGCCUUCACUGAUCUAGUUAUAUCCUGUGAUAGAUAUAAAUGUGGGUGGAGCCUUUUUUUUGCAAUGGAUGUUUUCGGCUAAAGGGUUUACAUUGGUCAUGGUUCCUCUGUAGCACCAUGCUACGGUCUUAAGCAUUUUAAGGGUGUCUCUAUGGCAGGGUGAAGGCUGCACCCAAUGGACCACAAUUUGCCUUAUCCUGCUGAGCUGACGCACUUAGCCAUAAUUUCAAGGCAAAGUCAAAUCAUUUCAUAUAUUUAUGUUGCACGAUUUACACUUUCGGGCUGAACUUGUGUUUCAGUUUUGCACUAAAGGGCUCCCCUUGCCUUUGGGGCUCAACACUUUGUCGCCCCCUCUUUUUUCUCUCCAUGUUUCAGAUGGACCAGUCGUGCAUUGGGAAGACAAUCCUUAUCACAAGGGCUAGAGGUUCCCUGUCCCCUCGGGGAGAAUAACCAUAGGAAGAAGCAACGGGACCUUGUCUAAAUUAUGCAUAUACGUGUAUAUAUAGAUACACUAAAUAUAUAUAAAUAUAUCUCUGUAUUCUCAGUGUAGAUAUCUGUAUGAAUGUCUAAGGCUUCACUCUUUAUCGGGCGAGAGGUUCUUGUCUUCUGGAAACACAAGACAUAGCUCGGCACUUUUUAUGUCCCACCACCACAACAGGCUUGCUGGUCUUUCCUGACUCAUUUAGGGAUCGAACCCAUCGAAUCCACUCACUGUUUCUCAAAGAGCAAGUGUAUUAGGUACAUGUGGGGUUUGGAGGUUGGAAUGAUUGUUCAUCUGAUCUCUAUUGAGUCCAAAAUGUUGGAGACACUGCUUCUUCUGGAGAUGAGAAGUAUGGGUCAACUGGAAUAUGCAAGUAGUCAGCUGACCGAUGUUCUGGUGGGGGACAUUAGUUCUAAGAGAUGAAUAGAGGUUCCCUUAGCUGGGUUCCCCCUAAUUCUGGAGACGAGAAGUAUAGACCAACUAGAUUAUGCAAGUAGUCAGGUAGCCUAUGUUCUGGUGGGGGACUUUUGUUCUUACAGAUGAAUAGAGGUUCCCUUAGCUGGGUUCCCCCUAAUUCGGGAGAUGAGAAGUAUAGGUCAACUAGAUUAUGCAAGUAGUCAGCUGACCUAUGUUCUGGUCGGAGUAUUAGGGAACAUUAGUUCUUACAGAUAAAUAGAGGUUCCCUUAGCUGGGUUCCCCCUAAUUCUUGGAGUGCCUUAUAGAUGAAAGAGUUGGAAGCAACAAAGAACCCUAAGUGCCAGCACUGGAGAACCAUUUCUGCCUUGUUGGGGUGCAGGGCUUACAGGGCAUUCAUGUGGAAAUAGAGGCAAAAAGUGGGAUUAUUCAUAGGUUUUAAUAUAAAAAAGUAUUUAUCAGAUUUACCCCAAUUAUUUUUUUUUGUUAAUUUAAUAGCCAAAUGUUUGGAUGGAAAACUGGAAGAAUUGUAACCAAGUCGGCAUUAAUAAAAAAAGAUGAUUGCCCAA